AUGCACAAACAGUUGACAUUCUACAACAACAAACUUAGCUCAAAUGGCAUGGGUGUUGCGAUCGCACUGACAGAAGCCAAAGCCUCGUUCAGCUACUACGAGAUCGACUUCCUCAACAAGCCCGAAUGGUUUACCACUUUGAUUAACCCCGCAGGCCAGGUCCCAGCAAUGACAUAUGGCGGACCCUCCGUCCUGCCCUCCUCGCCCUCCCCCGAAUCCGCAAAACUCGCAGAAAGCACCAUCCUUCUCGAACUCGUCGCGGACCUCUACCCCUCUUCUGGCCUCCUCCCCUCCGACCCGGUCAAGCGCGCCAAAGUGCGCUUCUUCACACACACUGUCGUCACCCGCUACCUCGCGUCCUACGCGCGGUGGUGGCUCCGCGGCGAGCGCGGCGCGUGGCGCGGCGUGUACGAGGGCGCGCUGGCGCUUCAGGCGCUCCUGCCCGAGAACGGGGAGGGGUAUGCGGUAGGAGAGGAAUUCACGAUCGCGGACUGCGAUUUCGCGCCGCUCGCGGGGCGCGUGCGGAUCGCGUACGAGCGCGGGAUUGGGCGGUUCGAUCCCGCGGAGGCGCCGCUUCUAAGGGAGGCGAUGGACGGGCCUGAGCUGGAGAGAUUUAGAAGGUACUUGGACAGGGUGAUGGCGAGGCCUAGUGUGCAGGCGCAUUAUGGCGAGGAAUGGAUUGCGGAGGGGACGAAGGAUCUUGUGGCUAUAUUCAAUAAGAGGUUUUCUGAAGCGUGA